AUGCCCUCCUUCGACACCCGUAACCUCGUCCCCGGCCUCCCGCAGGUCGUGGCGGUCAAGCGUGUCUCUAGCAGACAAUGCGACGCGCUAGAAAUGCUGCUCGGCCUUGGCAAGGGUGCACAGGCGAAGGCACUGGGGGUGUCGUUGCGGCUCACCAAGAAGGGCGCUAUCGACGCUAUCGCACUCGCAAACCAGGAUCUUGUUGUCCAGAUCACUGUCGAGAGUGAUUUAACUCCUAGUGCCACCCAGAACUAUGCUCAGCAUGGGCUGGCGCGUGUAUUCAACCACCCAAACCACCUGCUGACUGGGAUUGGCAUGAUGCCGAUCUUGUUGCUUGUCUAUCGCCAGUUCGGCUUCCAUUGUCAGGGCGUCGACCUUCGUUCACUACAGCCUCGCAUUAAUGGAAAAAACGACCUGCCCCCACCGGGUACCAUGGCUUGUAGCCUCCUCUCCCCCAAGUCACGUCCAUUCCCCAUCAACGCGCUUUGGUACAACCAAACCAACAAAGACCUGUGUCUUCGAGCAUGGAUUUCUGCGCGGUUGGCCUCGAAGCUCAAGAACGUGCAUGGCGUCUCUAGACUUAGAACCGAACUGCUCAAGGCCUCGCACCUUGCAUGCCUGUCGGUUCAGGUCAUGAACGUGGAGCUCCUAGAGCUCGCAAAGCCUACCCAUGUUGAUAACGACUUCGACGAUGUCGUAAUAAACAAGAAGGGGGAAGCAGUUGCGCACUGCUCACGCUUCAAGACUCGCAUCCGGCCGAGCAUGCAGACCUUUGUGAAGAUCAAUGGCGACGAGGCGCGGGCACGCCCUGUCGGUGCGCAUGGUAAGGAUUCCUCGCUCAAGAUCGUGGCUGGGGCAUUCAAGGGUAAGAUCAAGACGCUUCGGGUCGUCGGCCGCGAGGAGCCCACUGUGGCGGAGCGGGAGCGCGAUGCGUACAUAAUGCGACUCCUUCAGGGCGUAGACGACCUAAGUCGUUCGCCGUUCAUUCGCCAUCUGUGGUUCCCUGAGGGAAAGUUCCCUUCGAAGACCAAACUACGCCCAACUGCGCACCCUGAGUUCUCGUCGCUCAACACUUCGCAGCGUACCGUUGCUGCAGCGAUGAUUGACGACAGCCAGCCAAUCUUGCCCAUCCAAGGCCCUCCAGGCACGGGAAAGACGACGACGAUCGCAGCUGCCCUCCAGUACUGGCAAAGAAUGAGACAGACGGUCUGGGUAGUGGCACAAUCUAACGUCGGCGUGAAGAACAUCGCACGGAGCAUCAUCAAGCGCGGGAUCAAAUUCAAGCUCAUCGUGUCGCAGGAGUUCUAUCAUGAAUGGCGAGUCGCUGCGCCACCUCAACGUGAAAAAUCACUGAGCGCGACCUGUAUUUAUAGGCACGAGCACCUGUAUAUUGGCGACUUGGAAGACACAUUGGUCUUCUCCAACGAACUCUCCGGCUCAGACUUUAACCCGAAGACGAGGAUAGGCAGUUCUCCCGUCAUUCUGUGUACACUCGCUAUGCUCUCCAAUCCCGCUCUGACGAACAACGAGCGGCUCGUGGUCGACGAAGCGUCCCAGAUCGACACGUUCGAGUUUAUGCGUCGCAAGGGUGCUCAUCCUAGCACAAUACAGCAUCUGUUCCAUGCGUUUACCAAAUUGCGGAAGAUGUGCUUAUUCGGUGACCCGAAGCAGCUGCCCCCGUACGGCAAGGAGACCGCCCCCAUGAUGAAGACGAUAUACGACUUCCCUCAUCUGAAGAACGUUACGUACUUCUUGGACACUCAAUAUCGCAUGCCUAUGGAAUUGGGUCAAUUCAUCUCUGAGGCCAUGUACCGCUCGAAGCUCAACUCCGUGCACCAAAUUGUGGGCACCGCGUGUAUCCGGGCCAUCAACGUCCGCAAAGGAGAAGAAGAGAAGGUUGGGUCGACAUGGAAGGUCAGAAUACCAUCCUCCCGUGCCGAUCCGUAUUCCGUAACGGUCCGCUUCACGCUUGCUCAAUCGCUUGUUGUAUAG